GCUCGGUGAAGGCUGAUGAUAUCUAACCAGUGGAAAGCUUCAAGUACUUCUAUGAAAGCAUAGCAUCGAUUCGCUUUUGGCACAGCAUGAUAUUUUUGAGAGCGCUAUUGGGAGUUUCCCUGCUCACAGCUUCGACCUUGCGGCCAUGGCAAUGCUCCAUUGCGAGAAACAGAAGGGCGAGUGCUUUACAUACAGUUGGCCAAGGAAAGAUGGAAGUUCCCCCAAACUCAGGCGGCUGUAGCUUUUACAGCUUCUCACAUUCUCUCCAACACAUUUCAUGCGCUUCAAUGAAUGAUCUAUCUUUCUUUUCCAAAGGCUUUUCCAAAGGCUUUUCCCGCAUCCUUUCCCCCCUUUCUUUGAAAACUGGAGUCUCAGAGUGACACUUGUCAAUCGACCUCUGAUCACAACAUCAUCGCUUGACUGGCGACCUGAAAUCAACAAAGUAGCAAAGAAAGUACGGAUUAUAGUUCAAAGUAGAAAGCAAAAGCAGGAUGUCACUU